AUCGAAAGUCCACUUAGCUUACUUAAACGGAAUUAAGUGAAGAUUUCCUUUCGCAAAGUAGUCAUGACAGAGAAGUGAACAAAAGUUUACAAACUCUUGAUUUCGACAGUGUUUAUGAGAAGUUAGGCAAUAUUUCGGUUUAUAGCAGAGGAUUUCAUGAGAAAAGUUGUGCGUGAGACCAUAUUUUAUGUUAUAGCAGAUCAGUUCAUGAGAAAAGGUGUGCUCCAGACAAUAUUUUAUGUUAUAUCAGAUCAGUUCAAUAGAAAAGGUGUUCUCCAGACAAUAUUUUAUGUUAUAUCAGAUCAGUUCAUGAGAAAAGGUGUGCUCCAGACAAUAUUUUAUGUUAUAUCAGAUCGAGUUGAUUAUUAAAGAAGGUGUGCAUCAAACAAUAUUUUGGUUUUUAUCAGAUGGAGACAUUAGUACUGGAAUAUUGCAUCUGUGAUCAUGGAAAUUUGGUGUCAGAUUUGAUCCUCUUACCUUAAUCGGAUUUCUGAUGCUGACUGACAAGAAAUAUCGUUUUCCAUUUAUGCGAUUAACAGUCUCGGUCCACCAAUGACAUUUCGGCAAUCUGUCGUGUAAUGUAAAAAUUGACAGGAAUGUGCCAGUAGAUGGAUAAACGUAGAAACAUCUGUCUUGUUUGAAACCAUGGUGAUCUCAAAGUGUACCCAUUAUUCGAAUGCAUGGACAGAAAAUGUGUGUUACUGACAUCUCAACACAGCGUGUUAAACGGUGACUGUUAUAAUAUCUGUGACUUGGUCUCAAGUGAUAGGGAAUAAACCUGUGUCGCCAGUGUCACUCCUACGGAAUAGUAGAAAACCAUGUAUUACAAACAUUUUCCAAUACAAUAUCCCAUAUUCUUUGAAAUACCAAACUUGGAUCACUAUUUCAGGUGGAAAAUACUCUAAAGCUGUCGAAAGAGAAAUCGUUCACAGUUUGUCAGUUUACAGUUUACGUACAUUUAACUAAAGUUUUAAAAAAGGACAAAUUUACACACUGAAACUUACUGAACAAAGAUACUGAUUAGUGAUUCAUGAUAAAUAUAACUGGCCGAUGUUAUUUUACAAACAAAUGAAUUAAUUUCCAGUGUUAUCGUAAAUAUUGGGUUGUAAUGUAGUCAUCUUCUUUUUUUUUCAACUAAUCUUCGUAAAACGUAACUAAGACAUUAAAAUUUAUUUAACAAGGCUAAUGAAAUAGAUUUAUUUAUUUAUUUAUUUAUUUAUUUAAUCGUUCUAAUCGAAAAUUAUGCAUUACGAUUCAGGUUAAAGAGUAGUCAUUCUGUUGGCACCAAAAAUAAAAAAUCAACAAGACUUUUCGGAUAUACAGAAAUUGUAAUUUUUAAUCAAGAGGAGGAAUACAUUAUUAAUUAAACUGUCAUGUUGUUUGACUUUAUUUUGUUUAUGUCGGUUGGAACCAUUUAUGCGUGCGGAGAAGUUUUUUCUUCAGUGGACAGAAUGAAACAGCUUCCGAAAAUUGAACAAAAACUGAUAGCUGCUUGUGACAGAUUUCUCGAACACAAACACAAAAUCCACGGCUUCGCAAAGUUUAAAAGGUUUCUCGAUUCCACGCGGAAAGAAAACGAGAAGGCAUUGAGAGAUGAAACCUACGUUGAGAACCCGAUCAAUGGUUUCCGCCUGCUGUGGCGUCUCUCUGAACGAUGGCUGGCCGCCACCACUACGUCGCGGACAGAGAAGGUAAUCGGCGAUGAUGACACAGUUUCAGACUUUUUUGUAAAAAUUCGAAGCUCCAUCAAAAAGGUGUCUUUGUGGCCAACAGCCGACGAUAUAACCGGCGCCGCCAAUGGCCUGGUUCGGCUUUCGCUAGUGUUCAAUCUGGAUAUCAACCAAUUGAUUGGCGGAAGUAUUGGACACUACCACACUGAACCGCUAACCGGAGACGAGGUGUUUGCUAUCACGAAAGUGGUCUAUCAGACGGAGGAGAAGCUGGAACUAAUGGCGUGGUUAAACAAAUCCGUCGAUCUGAUGACGUCAGAGAACACGGAAGCAAAACACGCGGAUGAAGCCAUAGAACUGAAGACAAAACUGUUAGCCAGUAUGAAAAACAGAAAACGAGAUGAUUCUGUUGACAAAAACAUUAACAAGUGUAACGGUUCUGGUUGUCAUGGUGACAGUUUAUCGGAAAAACUGACGUCAAAUGGACAGAAUUCAGAGGUCCAUACUACAUGCCAUUCUAUGUAUGAACAGCUUUGUCGAGAAAACACACGAACUGCCGCGGAUAAUUCUAAACUGCACUGCCAGUAUCAAACAACAAGUAUUCCAUUCAUCAAGGCCAAAGCUGAAUAUGUACAUACCGACCCUCCUAUUAUGCUCUUCCAUGACGUCAUCAGUGAUAUUGAAUCCUACUGGAUAAUAAAUACAUCUCGUCAUAUGCUAUCGCGAUCCCUGAUGGGUAAAUUUAAUACAUCCGGUGAAUACUUCGGGAAGAAAAGGAUAAGCCAAAGUGCUUGGAUAUAUGACGACUUGGACGUGUCCGCCAAACUCUCGAAGAGAAUAGGACUCCUCACAGGACUCAGCACACGGUUGUUGGAGGAGGAGACACACGCUGAACCCUUCCAGAUUCACAACUAUGGUCUGGGUGGCAUGUAUGAACCGCACGAGGAUUCUGUGCGUCUUUAUCGACAAACGGGAAAAGAAGAAAACAAAGCGGUUCGGAAUUCCGGGGACAGAAUAGCAACCUGGCUGUUUUAUUUGACAGAUGUAAAGGUGGGCGGAGCAACAGUGUUUCCACUACUGAAUACCCGAGUUCCUGUAACUAAGGGUUCGGCAGCAUUUUGGUACAACCUGAAACAGAACGGUGAUCCAGACAUGCGCACAAUACAUGCUGGGUGCCCUGUGCUUAUAGGAGAUAAAUGGGUUGCUAACAAGUGGAUCCGUGAAGUGGGACAGAUGUUUAGAAGAAAGUGUGCACUGGAUCGAGAUUUGUGAAUUUCAGAAACAGUGCAAUAAUAAUUGUUCAGUUUAUGAGUUGCUUUAUACUCUUAACAAUUUGUGAUAACACUUUUAAACAAGUACUCGUGCAAACAAUAACCGAUGGGCUUACGUUUAAACUUUGUCAGUUGCUUUGAAGACAAGGUAGUAUAACCAAAUGUUUACAUGUGAUAUCUGAAACUAAAUAAACGUUAACUGUAUAUGGAAACAUGAUGUAACCGGCCUCGGUGGCGCAGUGGUUAAACCAUCGGACUACAGGAUGGUAAGUACAGGGUUCGCAGCCCGGUACCGGUUCCAACCUACAGCGAGUUCUUAAAGGUUCAAUGGGUAGG